CGUUGAGCAGGCAUUGAGCGGUGACCUGAGACGAAGUCACUCCGAGCGGCGCCAUACGUGUGUGGACUGAAUUGGAUACUGUUGGGCUGUCCUUUCACUGCAAACGACACCUCAGGUUUCAUUCCCGGUUUCGUCAUUGUUUGUUGAAAAUAGCCCCGCUGCUUCACUUCGGAAAGCGCACGAAACGCCAAGAUCGACAAACGACUUGAUUGGGACCUGACGGCCGGUCUCCGUACCGGUCGGGAGCCAUCCUGGGCAGCUCACCGUCUCUUUCACCCGAGAUCAAGCCGUCAUGGAGCCGGCAACCACACAACAAGGCUGCCUCAAGCCCCUUUCCGAGACAACCUCGUCAGCGGUGCCGCUCAAGCACAGGACCGCGGCGAUGGAGGCGAUCGAAGAUAUCCUCUACGGCUCCAUCGCCGGCAUCGUUGGCAAGUACAUCGAAUAUCCAUUCGACACGGUCAAAGUGCGCCUUCAGUCACAGCCCGACCACCUCCCACUGCAAUACAAGGGGCCUCUUGACUGCUUCCGCCAGUCCAUCCGCGCCGACGGCUUCCUCGGCUUGUACCGGGGCAUCUCGGCGCCGCUCGUCGGCGCGGCCCUCGAGAACAGCAGCCUCUUCUUCUGGGAGCGCCUCGGCCGCGCCGCCGUCUACGCGUCGGGCUACUCGCCGCGCGACCAGCCGCUGCCGCUCUCGGCCCUGUGGAUGACGGGCGCCUUCUCGGGCGCCAUGACCUCGUUCAUCCUGACGCCCGUCGAGCUGGUCAAGUGCAAGAUCCAGGUGCCCGAGACGACCGAGGGCGGCGCGGUGCGCGCGCCGCUCCGGCCGUUGCCCGUCAUCCGAGACGUGUGGCGCCACCAAGGGCUGCUCGGCUUCUGGCACGGCCAGCUGGGCACGCUGAUCCGCGAGUCGGGCGGCUGCGCCGCCUGGUUCGGGUCCAAGGAGACCGUCACCAAGCUGAUGCGCGAGUGGAACGUGCGGGCCGCGCGCACGGACGAGGACAGGCGGCGCGCGGCCAGCCCCGACACUCCGCUGCCGCUGUGGCAGCAGGCCGUCGCGGGCGCGUCGGCCGGCAUGACGUACAACUUCCUCUUCUUCCCCGCCGACACGGUCAAGUCGAGGAUGCAGACCACGCCGAUCGGCGAGGGCGCGGCGCAGCAGAGGACGUUUGCCGCCGAGACGGCGGCGUUGUGGAAGCAGGCUGGCCUGAGGGGGUUCUAUCGCGGGUGCGGCAUCACCGUGCUCAGGUCGGUGCCGAGCUCGGCGUUUAUUUUCAUGGUCUAUGAUGGGUUGAAGAAGUAUUUUCCCAUGCAAUGAGGGAGGGAGCGGGGUUCAAAAAGGGGGUGACCUCCGGCUUUGUUCUCGGCGUUUUCCAUAAACUGGUUGGGGAGAAUUCGGUUGAGGCAUAGACGGGGACGGGGACGGGGACGGGGACGGGGGAGCAUUUUGUCUCUUUCAAUCAUCAGCAGGGCGUUUGGGCGAGGGAGCUGGCUCACCAUCUAAAGACAAAACAAGACACAUGGGAAAAAAAAGGAUACUCAGCAGCGGCGGA